CAGCGCGCGCCCCGCCAUGGAGCCUUCGCACAAAGACGCCGAGACCGCGGCGGCGGCGGCGGCGGCGGCGGACCCCCGCGCCGCGUCCUCGUCCAGCGGGGUGGUGGUGCAGGUCCGCGAGAAGAAGGGCCCCCUGCGCGCCGCCAUCCCCUACAUGCCCUUCCCGGUGGCCGUCAUCUGCCUCUUCCUCAACACCUUCGUGCCGGGAUUGGGGACGUUUGUCUCGGCCUUUGCCGUGCUGUGCGGAGCCCGUACCGACCUCCCGGACAGGCAUGUGUGCUGUGUCUUCUGGCUGAACAUUGCAGCGGCCCUCAUCCAGACCCUCACGGCCAUCGUCAUGGUGGGCUGGAUCAUGAGCAUCUUUUGGGGCAUGGACAUGGUCAUCCUUGCCAUUUCCCAAGGCUACAAGGAGCAGGGCAUCCCACAGCAGCUGUGAGCCCGAAGGAACCACCGAGAAUUCCAGGGUGAUCCCAUGAGGGCUGCACCAGGCAGCAGUGGGCACCAGGACCUUUACAUACUCUCUUCUGCCAUUUCCUGGGUUUGGAGUGGAAAGGGGGGAUUUAAAAAACAUUAUUUAUUUUGAAAACGCAUCUGCUUUUCUUGGCAGGCUGUGAGACUGCCAGCCCCUCCCCCUAUUCCAGAAAGACACAGGCACCCAGUGUAUCUCAGGGGUGGGGAGUGGGGGCCAGAUUACUGGCAGCGAGGCUGGAAUGCGUGGCUCGCCCCUGCCCUGUACAGCUCCCUGCCCACUGCCAGGGCACACUGGGACUUCCAGGCCAGGCAGCAGGGGCUCACCGAAGGUCAGGAUGUGGCCGAGCCUUCCUCUGGGUCCCCAGCCCCUGUCUGAAUGUUUGCACUGUGGUCUCCCCGGGGACCGAGCCAGGGCAGGAGUGAGGAUGCACACACUCCAGCCCAGUGCUUGCCCUCAGCCAUCCCAGGACUGCCUGGGGACGGAUGCCCGAAAGUCUCUCCUGGUCCUGCACUCCCGUGGCAGCCAACCCUUCACCCACCCCCUUCUCGCCACUGAAAUCUCUGGGCCUGGGUGUGUUUUGACCUUUGUUUCCCUAGAAAGCUGCCAGUGACUCCAUCCAUGGGUGAAACUGCUAGAAUGGCCAGGUGUCCAUACACAGAAUCCCCAGCACAGGUGUGAGCAAGCACAGGUCAGCAGCCUUUCACGUUAUACUUAACACCACUCCUGGUCCACAGCCGUUCUCCUGAAAUCCUUGGGGCUGGAUGGGUCUCUGAAAUCAGAAAACUUGGAUUUGAGAAAGAAUAAGAGCCAUUUAUUGUGCAUUUCCUAACACCCCAGCAUUCUAAAGCAGCUCCCCACCAUCAAGCACGUGACUGUUCUUGCAAAGAAUCCUGUGAAAAGUCAGACGAUUUGGGUUCAAUAAAAACCAUACAUAGUCUCACCUUG